CCUCCACCUCCAGUGAUAAAAAUCCAUAAAAAAUAAAAACCAAGUGACAAGGGAAAAUAAAAAAAAAUCCAGGAUUACCUCCGGUUUCACUCAAUGCAACAAGUGAAAGGCGAUGUUUUCCCAUCUACUCAUGGAAAUACGAGUUUAUCGGAUUUGAGGUAUUUGGAGUCGAGGCCAAGCCGAGGAUUGAACCACUGAGUGUCGUUGUAACGACGAUGUAAUAAAUACCGAAAAUGAUGAAAGAAGGUGAAUCCAUCAGUGGUUGCACUACCGCUCCUAGAGCGAGAAGGUACUUCCCGAGGUUUUCCCUCAGAAGGUUAUUGUAUUCGAGUCCCUUCCUGGGGCAAAGGAUCGCCAGGGCGACAAGCUCCAGUAACAGGAGCAACAAAGGUAAAGAUGGGGGCAGUGGGAAAGCUGUGGAUGUUGAAAAAGGUGAGGCCAGGACGACGAGUGGCUCUGGCCACGUGCCAUACACCUCGGACCUCCACAGGGCCACCAGCAAGGGCUCCGUCCUCUCCACAGCAGGAAAGAGUUGCGAGAAUGGGUUAGUGGAGUGUCCCCUGUGCCUGGCAGAAUUGCCAAUCGAGCUGUUCCCAAUAAUCCAGUCGUGUCACCAUCGCAGCUGUUACGACUGCUUCCAGCAGUACCUCAGGGUUGAGAUAUCCGAGUCACGUGUCAACAUAGCGUGUCCAGAGUGUGCUGAGCCACUUCAUCCAAAUGACAUCAGAAUGAUAUUGAAUGAUCAAGUCCAAUUGGAAAAAUACGAGGACUUUAUGGUGAGGAGGGUGUUGGCUGUGGAGCCUGAUGCCAGGUGGUGUCCCGCUCCUGAUUGCUGUUUUGCUGUUAUUGCCAGUGGGUGCGCAUCUUGUCCAAAAUUGAGGUGUGAGAGGCCUGGAUGUGACUCGUACUUCUGUUAUCACUGCAAAGCACGGUGGCAUCCCAAUCAGACGUGCGAUGCUGCCAGGGCACAGAGGUCUCAGCACUACGAUCGUACCUCCUCACUCAGCUUCAGUCAGAGUGAUUCACAGCACAGGGAUGAUAUCAAACCAUGUCCGAGGUGUCAAGUGCUUAUCGUUAAGAUGGACGAUGGUAGCUGUAAUCACAUGACUUGCGCUGUUUGUGGCGCUGAAUUUUGUUGGCUCUGCAUGAAGGAAAUCAGUGAUCUUCAUUAUCUCAGUCCUUCUGGCUGCACAUUCUGGGGCAAAAAGCCAUGGUCACGAAAGAAAAAAAUUCUAUGGCAACUUGGCACUCUCGUUGGUGCACCAGUUGGCAUUGGCCUUGUAGCUGGAAUCGCUGUUCCUGCAAUGAUAAUAGGUAUUCCUGUCUGGGUUGGUCGAAAGUUGUACACAAGAUACGAGCAAGGUAAUAAGCAUAAGAGAAACGCUUUCAUCGCAGGCGGUGUAACAGCAUCGGUUCUAGUGUCACCGGUGCUGGCUGGUCUCGCAGUUGGAAUUGGGGUACCAAUUCUUCUUUUCUACGUAUAUGGAGUGGUACCUGUGUCCCUCUGCAGGAGUGGCGGCUGUGGGGUGUCCACCAAUGGCUCAGGAGUCAGAUUUGAGUUUGAUGAUGAGAAUGAACUGAUGGGGGCACUCUCUGGGAGGAACGUUGGAGAUGCAGCAUCGAUAGACGUUGCGAGUCACCGAGGUGGAAAUCCAUCGAUUGGUGAGGCCUCCCUAUCUCUGGGGAGUGGCAGUCAAUUGGAAAAAUUGGGACGGGAGAAUGAUCGGGAGAGUGCAAGCAAUGUUGCUCUAGCUGGUGCAAGUUUAGCUGGUAGCAUAGCAUCGAGUGUAUUGCCUGGUGGUCAAAGACUGGAGGUCCAGGCAGAUGUCACCUCCACCCAGAGAUUCAGUUUGUGCAGUGAGACAGCAUCAGCAGCGACGAGUCUCUCUGAAAAAUCGGUUAAUGCAUCGAUAGCACCUGAUGACGGUGGUGCAUCCACAAGGGCACUGGCUGGUUCAGUGCUCAAUUUCAAGGUUGACAGUUGCUCCAUAAGUGGAGGGAGAAGUGUCGAUAAUGAAUCCGCAAUCAAUCAGACGACACCUGUUGAUUCGACAGGGCAAGGGGCAUCUCUCAGCUCCUUGGAGGAGAUACCUGGUCUUGCCAAGAGGUCCAGGAGAAAACCCACACUCGAUAGACAACACAGUGACUCCAGUAGCUGGACGGCUUGUGGAGAGGAUGGAAACUCUGAACGCGUGAGAUUCGAUGAUCAUGUCAGCUUCAUCGAGGCACACCAGGAACCCGGGAGCUGCACCAGGGUACAGGGAAGGAGGAAGAGGAAUAAGGAAGGGGAUGCAGAAGGUGAUGUUCAAAGGACUAGAUGUAGCAACGAUGAAGAUAACUCAACAGAAGAUAAUAAUUCCCGUGCAAGGGUAAACGUGGCAGCAUUGAGAAUUGUAUUUUUUCAUAAUUCAUCAUCAGGUGAGAAAAGGCUGCCAGUAAUUGAGGAGCCGGGCUCCUCCACCAGCCAAUCAUCAGCCGUAGUUUGUAUUUCAACACCAAUGAAUAACAACGAGACGAAUGAACCUGACACCAGGGAGGACGAUAAAUUACACUGCUGAAUUAAAAUACCAUUAAAAUAAAUAACUGAAGACUGACAAACGCGCAUGUAAACGUAAUUAUACAAUUAUAAUUAUAUUAUACACAUAUGAAUUUAUUGUCAAACGGUCAUACUCGAGGGAGAGAAGAGGGGGAUAGGAGAUGGAUUUGUAUUAAAGUUUUAGAAUAGAGAAACACGUCGCUGAGGCAAAUUAUUUGACUCGUUCUGCAACGAUUUUGUCAAUGAAUUGAUUUCAAUAUCUCAGUCGCUGAUGAGUGGAUGAAAUCCAAAUUAAUUUAUCUAUUUCAAUUCAAAGCGUUUACCACGUAUUUAAUAUUCAUUUCCAGCACGAGAGACGAUUAAGAAUGUUGCACACCCUUACCGCGAAAAUUCACGUGAAAAAAUAAAUCGUUCUUCGCUUUUUCAUUAUUUAAUGACUAAAAGAUGAACGGACUGUCACGAGACUUCGUGAGCCAGUAAUUUUGGCUAAAGGAGUGUGGGAUAUUCUUAAACCGAUGAAAGUGCGGGAUUACGAUAGGAUAAAGGUGUUAUCUUACUGUGAAAUAAUAGCGCUUUAUUGCAGUGUACAUUGAAUGCGAGGGUACACCGUUAAUUAAUGAAAUGAAAAUAGCUGAAUGCAUUGUGUAUAAACAUGCUUUACAUGGUAUAUACGGAAAUUCAUCCGUUCGACGUUAAUGAAUCCGUGUCUAAUAACGAAUCGUUUGAUGGGUGGAGGUGUUUUUAAGUGUUUCGAGUGGACUGGAUGAUUUAUUAAAUUAACUGCGUUCAUCAACGAAUUGAGAGAACGUGGAGGAGUGCCUGUCUUUCUGUCCAAGAGCAACAUUUUGUAAUCCUUCCUCGAUAGCUUCCAAGCUGGAGUGAAUGUGGAAUGAUAAUUUUAUCAUCGAUGGAGGUGGAAGUAAACAGUAAUUUCGUUUUUCUUUGUAACUCGGUGAGAAGGGGAUAAAACAGUACUGAUCUUGCUCAAUGCCGAUUGAGGAACAGGGUGAAGAGAUAUAGACGAAUUAACGAGGAAAAACUUAUUUAAGGAGAUCCGAGUGGCAUCUAAAGUUAGGGGUGGACUAGAAAAUGUAAGAUUUCUUUCAUUGUUAUUUUUUUUUUUUACGAGGUGCUCUCAAUUGCGCAUCACACAUUUCUUUAUCGGUAGGAUAGAAAAAUGAACUGAUUUUUAUUAUCCUAUUAACAAGGACUUUCUAGCAACAGUCACUGUAUUUUUUUUUUAAUCAACGGAAAUGAAUGUUUAUCUUUUAUUUGCACUAGGUGUGAAUUUAAUGGAACAUUCAGAGCAUUUUAAAAUGUCAAUUUUGCGAUGGAUCUCCUUAAAAUUAAUAAUGUGAACUCUGUAUUUGUUCGAGUUUCACUCACGAUGCCAAAAGAUUUUAAAUCCCACAUUUUUGAUACCAGAAUUUUUUGUUUAAUCAUUGAUCCCACUGUGGAGUUAGUUUUUUUCGAAUUUUAGUUCACUCUGCUCUUGCGUAAAACUGCCAUGCACAUUUUGAAUUACCUUUCGGGCAUAUUGUAAUAUAGUGAGAUGUGAACGUGAGACUAUUCCAUUCUGGGAUGAAUUAUUUUCUGUGACACUUGCACUGAGGAGUGCGGGGGGUCACUUCUGGCAAUUAAAAUUCGUCUCGUGAUGUUAUUGAGCCUAAACGUUAACUUGUGGUCGUCGUUGAGAGCUCUGGUAUAAAACAUGAUUUAAGAUGGAAAUAGAUAAGCGAUGUGGAUUACGUCACUUUUUUCUGUUGAGAGUGAAUUUAUUCACACGAAUUAAAUAUGGAAUUUGUAUUGCAGUAUAAAAUAUGGGAUAUAAAUAAAGUCGAGAUAUUUAAGUGAAA